AUGAGUUCGCCCGGCGGUGGUUUCUACAAGUAUCGCUGCAAGUACUUUCUCUCUCACGACUGCAAGAACUGGGUAUGGGUCAACGACACGCCCUGUUCCACGUGCCUUGCCAACGGUCGUGACGAAGAGACGUACCCAACGGCUGCGUGGGCGGCGUCUAGGGACAUCAUGGCGCCCUAUGUCAAGAAUGGCGUCUUGCAGUACGCGCAUAUGGAGGUGACCGUGUCCGAGCAGGGCGAAGAAAGCUUGAUCAUUCGAUCCAAGGCUGUAAGACCACCACCGGCCAUGCCCGUAACGACAAUGAUGCCGAGAGGAGGUUCCAUUAUGGCCAGUGCCCAUUGA